AUGUCUCCUGGCGCAACUCCGGAUAUGCCGCUUAGGGUCCAUAUACUUAGUACAAUCCCGCUUGCACUUCCACGGUGGGUGCCAGGAUGUGUCAACUUAGAGAUAUCGUUGCCACAAUACUCGCAGAUAGCCUCGUUCUUAUCUCUCAAGUGCUGGAAAGGGGCUUUGAUUUCCGACUUGCUGUCCUUGCUCUUGUUGUCGUUCGACUUGCCAUCGUUCGACUUGUUGUCUUUCGACGGGCGUUUUCCCUUGCACGAUGCGAUAUGCUGGGCUUGUCUGGUGGAUUGGGAGAUGUCUUUGCCGCACUUAGGACAUAUGCGACCCGAGGAAGCAACUUGCUCUUCAUCAGAGGAAGAAAUUUGCCCUUCCUCUGCAGAAGAAGCAUUCUAUCCAUCAUCCGAAUCGGGAGAAUCGUUGUCAGAGAGGUGUUGUUCGUGGUCUGAAGGGUCGCCCUCCCCGAGGUCAUUAUCUCCUGGAUCCGACGCCAUGGUAGAGCACGAGAUGUUUUUGGGCUAUGGUAUGAAAGGUACAAUUGAUCAGUAUGGGCAGUGUGUAGAUGAUCGAAUGCAAGAUGGGAACGUGGGUUGGUAUUGGGAGGAUGAAAGAAUUGGGAGAUCCAAAAAAAAGAGCAACAACGCGUGCAAUAACAAGCAGGCAGUGUGCAAGGUUUGGGUGAUGGGUGAGGCAGCUCGUAGCAAACGUGAGUGAAUGAAAUAGCUUUCUAACCACUUCGGAGGGGGCAGGCCAUACAAAGCUUGCGAUACUGCCAACAUUGACC